AUGCCUGCAUCUAACCAGGGCCCCAACACCGGUAAUACUGGCGGUGGCUCCAAAGGUUCUACCCCAAUGAGCCAGUCUGAUGCUAGCAGGAUCCAAUCCUCACAGGCCAAGUCCGGCGGAGACAUGUCCUCCGGCGGCUUUGCCGCUCGCGCUCAGGGCGCUGGCGAUCGCAAUGCCAAUGCCGGUGGCCAGCAGAGCGGCGGCACCAAGAAGUGA